ACGGCUUCACCUUUAUCCAUGCACGUGUGUCUGCGUGUUGCACGGAUCGUUCGAUUUUUGGCGCACAAUUAGGUAAUUUCUGGAAGUUAUUUUAAGAUCGGUGCUCGAAGGAAGCACAGCGAAAACGAAGAAUUGAAUGAUAUAUAUUAUCGCUUAUUCUAAACACUAACAAUGCCGUCCGACGCAAAAAAGAAACAACAGCAGAAGAAAAAGGAGGCGGCUAAGGCUAGACAGUCUGGAAAAAAACCACCUCAAUCUGCAGCUCAGACAAAAACCACAGAAGAUGGUAAAGAGUCCAGCCCUGGUGUGGGAGUCAUUCAGAAUGGAACCAAUGGAGCUCCCAUCAGUGCAGAAGAGGCUCUAUGUUUGAAGUUGGAGGCAGAUGCUAGACUCAACGCAGAAGCACGUUCAUGUACAGGAUCAUUGGCUUCGCAUCCACGUAGUAGAGAUAUAAAGAUAUCUAAUUUUUCUAUCACUUUCCAUGGCUGUGAAUUGCUGCAGGACACUAUGUUGGAGUUAAAUUGCGGUAGACGUUAUGGCUUACUUGGACUUAAUGGCUCUGGAAAGUCUACUUUGUUAGCUGUACUUGGAAAUCGUGAAGUUCCUAUUCCUGAACAGAUUGAUAUCUUUCAUUUGACUAGAGAAAUGCCUGCUAGCAAUAAAACAGCUUUAGAGUGUGUGAUGGAAGUUGAUGAAGAGCGUAUUCGGUUAGAAAAACUUGCUGAGGAACUGGUAGAAUGUGAUGAAGAAGAUGCUCAGGAGCAACUUAUGGACGUCUAUGAAAGGUUAGAAGAUAUGACUGCUGAUACAGCAGAAGCUCGUGCUGCUCACAUUUUACAUGGUUUGGGUUUCACCGCAAAGAUGCAGAAAACGCCUACUAAGGACUUCUCUGGAGGUUGGCGAAUGAGGAUUGCUCUUGCUAGAGCUUUAUAUGUGAAACCUCACUUGUUGUUACUUGAUGAGCCUACCAAUCAUUUAGAUCUUGAUGCUUGUGUAUGGUUGGAGGAAGAGUUAAAAACAUACAAAAGAAUUCUGGUGAUCAUUUCUCAUUCUCAAGAUUUCCUUAAUGGCAUUUGUACAAAUAUCAUUCAUGUUAAUAAGAAACAGUUAAAGUAUUACACUGGUAAUUACGAAGCCUUUGUUAAGACAAGAAUGGAGUUGUUGGAAAAUCAAGCAAAACAGUAUAAUUGGGAGCAAGAUCAGAUUGCUCAUAUGAAAAAUUACAUUGCACGAUUUGGUCACGGAUCCGCAAAAUUAGCGAGACAAGCACAAUCUAAGGAAAAAACUUUGGCAAAAAUGGUGGCACAAGGUCUUACAGAGAAAGUUGUUAACGAUAAAGUAUUGAACUUCUAUUUUCCUUCUUGUGGAACUAUUCCACCUCCUGUUAUAAUGGUACAGAACGUCAGUUUUCGUUAUAACGAAGAUUCACCUUGGAUUUAUAAGAACUUGGAAUUCGGUAUAGAUUUGGACACCAGAAUUGCAUUGGUUGGUCCAAAUGGUGCUGGAAAAAGUACUCUUUUAAAACUACUGUACGGAGAUUUAGUUCCAACAAGCGGCAUGAUACGUAAGAACAGUCAUUUACGGAUUGGAAGAUAUCAUCAACAUUUGCACGAACUACUAGAUUUAGAUAUGUCACCUUUAGAUUACAUGAUGAAAGCUUUCCCGGAUGUUAAGGAACGUGAAGAGAUGAGGAAGAUUAUUGGUCGUUACGGAUUAACGGGUCGUCAACAGGUGUGUCCAAUACGCCAAUUAUCUGAUGGCCAACGAUGUAGAGUGGUAUUUGCAUGGCUUGCUUGGCAAGUACCUCAUUUGCUUCUUCUUGACGAACCUACAAAUCAUUUAGAUAUGGAAACAAUCGAUGCAUUAGCUGACGCUAUAAAUGACUUUGACGGUGGAAUGGUUCUAGUGUCUCACGAUUUCAGAUUAAUUAAUCAGGUUGCAGAAGAAAUUUGGGUUUGUGAAAACGGAACCAUUACAAAAUGGAGUGGAAAUAUUAUAGACUAUAAGGAGCAUCUUAAAAACAAAGUUCUUAACGAUAACCAAAAGAGGCAGAAAGAUCUACAUAGAAGCAAAUAAUGUAAACAAUAGUAUCUUUUUCCAUUUUACUGUCCCUCUAUUAUGGCAACUUAUCUCUUCCCUUUUUUUGGACAUUUUUUCGCAUCUGACACUGAGUUCGCGCUGCUGUGUAGCGUCAGAUCAGUGAUUGAGAAUUUCUUAGUUAAUUUAUUUAAAUGGUACAGCAAGUCUCUCUGUGACAACAUAUAAAAUUAAUGCUAGGUAUUGAACGUCAAUCAUGUACUGGAAGAAAUAUAAAUUGGAUACAUACAUACGUAAAUACAUAACACACACACACUCAACACACGUACGCAUAAAUUAUUACAGAGUAUAACAGAAAUAAAACACGUUUAAAUAUUAUAUAAACACGAAAAAUACUCAAUUUUUCUCUUACAGUUCUACUUUAUUAUAAAUUCCUAUUUAUCUAUAAAUUAAUUUGAUUCUCGUAGAUAUAAAAAAUAUAUGUGUAUAAACAGUUAUAAAUACCUAAUAUAGUUGACAAAAUGACAUCAUUCUCGAAAUAUAAUUUUCAUCUCAGGUAUAUAUAAAAAUACUCUGAUCUAGUAUUAAAGGAAGACUAAAAGAUCGCGUAUAUCCAUAUCACAAAAUGUCUCUGGUGUUCUUUAUCGUGAAAAUAUUUGAACAUAUAUAAAUAUAUAUCCUACGAUAUUUUUUAAUACGUCACGAACAUAAUGUACGCAUUUUUGUAACAAUUAUGAUUGCAUAACAUGUAAAACACAAAAUAUUGUCAGUAGAAAACGAAGUUGCACUGUUGGGUUUUGGACCUUCACGUAAUAAAAAAGAUACAUAAUA